ACUCGCUGCGUUGUCAUCAACGGAGUAGCAGUUUCAUCUGAGAAGAGUAGAGGAGCUCCAGAGUUUCAGCUUUUCAAGGAUUCGCCUUAACGGCGCCACACAUUCUCCUUUUUUUUACUCUUAAAUCACACACCCGUCGGAAGAAGGACAUAACAGUGGGCGACUGUAUUAUUUUUUACAGCGUUUUUCUCACCCACGAUGAGUGGAGCGACGUACGACAGGAAGCUAUCCGGCAUUUCUACCGAUCUCUCCGGCUCUAUGAGCUGCCACCCGGGUUCCAAGGACUCGCCUACUCUACCUGAGUCAUCGGCCACGGACAUGGGCUACUACACAGCACACCAAGGCCACCAUGACUACUAUCCCGGUCAGGCUUACGCACAAGGGCCUCACAACCCCUCUUACCACCAGUUUAACGUGUGCGCGAUGAGCGGCGCGUCUCCCUACGGCGCCAAGGCCGAGUACGCUUACGGCAACGCGUAUCGCCAUCAAUACGGCCAGUACAGCAGAGACGGACACACACCACCACAAAACGCAGUGAAAGAGGAGCCGGAGACUGAAGUUCGGAUGGUUAAUGGAAAACCCAAGAAAGUGCGCAAGCCGCGUACCAUCUACUCCAGCUACCAGCUCGCGGCGCUGCAGCGGCGCUUCCAAAAGGCGCAGUACCUCGCGCUCCCGGAAAGAGCUGAACUUGCUGCACAACUCGGCUUAACACAGACACAGGUGAAAAUAUGGUUUCAGAACCGGAGGUCCAAGUUCAAGAAGCUGUACAAGAACGGUGAGAUCCCGCUGGAUCACAGUCCCAACGCAAGCGACUCCAUGUCAUGUAACUCACCGCCCUCGCCCGCGCUCUGGGACACCGGCGCGCACGCAAACCCGGUUGGCCGCGGUCACAUGACGCCGGUCGGGCUCAGCUCUUCGACGCCGCCCUACCCGGAAGACUACAGCAGCGCGUGGUACCAGCAGCACGGUCCUCCGCAAAGCGUCUACUGACCACAGACUUUCACUCCAAGAGUUUAAUAUAAAAUAAAACAAAAGGGACUGGACUUUAUUUUUGUAAUCUUUAUAUACGAGCGCCUAGGCUGUUCGUACGGAGAUAAGCUGAGCGAGAGAGAGAGAGAGAGAGAGAGAGAGAGAGAGAGAGAGAGAGAGAGAGAGAGAGAGAGAGAGAGAGAAAACAAAUCCUCUGGAAAAAAGUGACUGAUUAAAAAUUUUAAUCAGCCUGAGCAGAGAGAAGAAGCCAAGAGAAGAUUGUAGGACAGAAAGAAGAUCACAUUUUGUUGCAGAAAUAUUUCACGCGCUUGACUAUGCAGAUCCUAGGCCUAAAGUUUAUAUAGCGUGGUUUUAAAUUAUUUUAUUUACUCAACCCCUUAUUCAUGUUGAUGUUUACGGAUAACGAUGUUCAAAUAGUCAACUUUUUGUUUACAUGAGGAAAGGUACAAUAGUCCCCAACAUUUGUGCAGUUGCCCGACACACCAACCAUAACGUCACACCGCUUCAGAGACUCAGGACAUAAGUUAUAUCAGUUUGUACAAAAUGUAGCUGUGUAUAUAGAUACGUGUGUGUGUGUGUGUGUGUGUGUGUGUGUGUGUGUGUGUGUGUGUGUGUGUGUGUGUGUGUGUGUGAGAGUGAUUGUGUGCGUAUGAGAGUGUGUUUAAAUAAAAAGGAACCACUAAACAAUAUUGUUCAUAACCCCCCCCCCCCAACGUUUUUAUAGAGGAUUCACGUGAUUUUAUUGUAAUGUUGUUAAAGAAUGAAUAAAUGCAAAUCUCAAGUCAUGUAAA